AUGGAAAAUUCAGGAGAACAUAUCCCAGACGACAGCGAAAUGGUUGAGGGGUGGCUCAAGAGAACGCGCAAGACAGAAAGCCUUCCCUCAAACGGCGAUGAAGAUAAACCAGCAAAGAAGCUCAAAUUCGAGCCAAUGCAUGUUUCUAAACAUACCGCUUUCCCUUCGCCCAUUGAGGCCCCAUCCCCGCCUACACACGGCAACCAGUUGCUUAACGAGGUGGACUACGAUUCAGAGGCACCAUCGUCGCAAGCCGACGACUACCAAUAUGCCAAUCACUGGCUUGACUUCAAGACCUUGAAUCCUAAUCACGACGAUAUGCCAGCGACAUUGAAACUAUUUUUGGUUUCGUUGCUUGCGCUUCAGAAAGACAAGAAAAUAAUUCCGAAGACCUCAAAGGAUGAAAUUGAGGCUUAUCCUGGGCCUGACUGUACUCUGGCUAUGCUCGACGAUGACUCAUACUACGUUCCUGACGAAUCUGAAUCAGCGUGUACCAAAGGAUUGUUCGACGCCGCGAUCAAAAUUCUUGAGGCGGCAGAAAAAUGUCAUUCUCACCAGUGCAAUGAAAAUGGAUGGAACAACCUUGUCUAUACGCCACUUCUCACCACAGCGAUGGAAAGUUUCAAGCCGGAGGAUCAUCAGUUAAUCGAUGUUGCACCUUGCUCCACGGCUACAAUUGAUCCAGAAUGGCAUCGCAAGUCUGUCCCUAAAGGACAGGUCGAUUACGUCUUAUAUGUCGACCCUUCUCGAGAACCAAUCGCACGAGACAAAUGCCUAGCUCGACGCGACCGCGUGGGAUCAGUCAACCAUACUCAGUUUAUACCCACCGCAGAAUUCCCGAUUGCUGCGAGCAUCAAGUCGAAGAGUCGUCAAGGAAGCAGUCAAGAUGCCGAGGUUCAAAUGGCAGCCUGGCAAGCAGCGCAGUGGCAUAAGAUGGACAUUGCUGUCGGUAAUCAAACCUCAGAGCUUGGUUUCCUACCAGGUAUUAUCAUCGAUGGACACGAGUGGAGGUUUCACGCAACAACCUAUGUUCUACUAGGAAACAAAACCAAGACACUUUGGUCCAGCCAUAUUCUUGGUUCCACGACCACUAUUGCUGGUGUUUUUUGCAUCCUGGCUGGUAUUCGGGCCAUCAAUAUCUGGAUCAGAGACACUUUUUGGCCGUGGUAUAAGAAGUAUGAGCUUAGCCCAAAGAUAGCGUAA